AUGGAGGAGAUCAACGUGGGAGACACGGUAGAGAUCUCCAGCAACGAAGACGGCUUCCUCGGCUCCUAUUUUGUCGCGCAAGUCAUCGAAAAAAUCAAGAACAAACACAAUAACCACGACGAGUAUGAAGUCGAAUACGAGACUCUUUUGGACGAUGAAGAUGAGAACAAAAUGUAUAGAGAAAAAGUGGAGGAUUAUAAAGUGAGGCCCACGCCUCCUGUUGUAAGAGUCGCGGAGUUCGAUGUGUUGGAUAAAGUGGAUGUGUACGAUAAUGAUGGAUGGUGGGUCGGGAGAGUUACGCACAAGUUUGAUUAUGUUUAUACGGUUUAUUUCGAGAGUACUGCGGAUGAAUGGGCUUAUAGUUUUGAUAGGUUGAGGCUUCAUCAGGAGUAUCGGAACGGGGUUUGGACCGUUUCUUCCGGGCGUCAAAAUAUUAUUGCUUGA